UUGUAGAAAUAGGAGCCACAGGUGCUGGUGUUACCACUUCUGAAGAAGGUCCUAUAGGAUUUGGAUAAAGUCCUGAUAAAUCUGCACCAUUAGAAGGAGGUCCAUAAAGUGCUGAUAUGCCCGAUUGAAAACCUACAGACUCUCAAACUCCCCAAACGCCAUGCCCAAUUCUUUGCCCCAUUACAACAACAACGAUAAUUAUCAACAAAAUGGUUUCGGUAGCAAUAAUUUCGGUUCAUCGAAUUUUCUUUCACCCAAUAGUAUUAAUGAUCGCCAAUCCAUGCUGAAUGCCCAAUCUAGAAGAAAAUUUAGUUUUCCCGCAACACUACACUCGACUUCGCUACUAGAAGUUAAUCAAAAUUCCACCCGUAGACGUUUAAGUAAUGUUAGUGAUGUGGUAACGAGAAAAUUAUCAUAUACCAUAGGCUGGAAGGCGGCACAGAUACCGGCCCAGGAUAUAAUAACACAAGGACGGUGCCUAUGUGGUCAAUAUAUAAAAAGACGUUUACGUCGCUCCGGAUUGUUUAAUAAAAAGUUAGGCCUACAACGUAUUCGCAGUAUUUUGGGUACAUCGACUAUGUCGGUUGUAAGAGAGGUAUUUCCCGCUGUUAUGGUGUUAGGUGAUGAAUUAGAACGUAUGCAUCCACGUAUCUAUACUGGAGUAGCAAGACAAAUUUGUCGAAAUCCUGGUGGAGAAUUUAAAUCAGCUGAUACAGUAAUUUUACUCUUAUCAGCUGUAGCUAGAGAUCUCUUUCGCAUCGAUAUAACAUGGAGUAAAAUAGUGUCAUUAUUUGCCAUUGCGGGGGGAUUAUCUGUGGAUUGUGUGCGACAAGGUCAUCCAGAAUAUUUGCCCAAACUAAUGCAAAGUGUUUCAGAUGUUAUCGAAGAUGAACUAGUACCCUGGAUCAACGAAAAUGGUGGUUGGAUUGGUAUUAAUAACCAUGUUCAUCCUGCCACCAACAAACUAAAUCCCCUGGAAUGGACAACUAUUAUUGUAGGCAGUAUAUUUGGUUUAUUUUUAAUAUAUGUUUUAAUAAGAUUUUUAAUUACAUAUAUAAUUCCUAAAAUAUAUCAGCGUAUUACCGGUAAAUGAUGUUUGAUAUAAAUAUUGUACAUAAAUUUGUAUAAAAUAUUAAAAGUAACGUUUAAA